ACCUGAUCAUAAACGCUUUAGUGCUGAGUAUAAAUAGCACACUAUGGAUGCUCUUACUGCCACUGGCACCAGUCCCUCGGUGGUAGACACAGCAGCGGCAGAAAUAAGAGCCACACUCGACGCAGACAACCUCUCUGUGGUUGUGUACUUCACAAUCGGGUUUACAGGACUGCUGCAAUUGCCUUUGAUUGUGGAUGCAAUUGACAGCCUGCUACCGAAUACGAUUGGCAGAGCAACACAUGCAGCUGUAUCAUGGCUGCUAAUUGUAGGAAUAAUAUCCGUAUAUCUGGGAUGCCUGGUGUUGAACAUUGCUAAGGUUCUCCCCUUCUGGCAAGACGAGUAUGGUAUGUCAAACAACACUUUUCUCAUACACACCGCAGUGACCAUGCUACUGGUGACCAACUCUCUGUCCCAGUACGCUCUAGCGGCAAUACUCAUACCAACCAAGGUCACCCGCCCCCACAGUCAAAAAACAACUGUGAAGCAUCAGAAAGGGCCCAGCGACCACCCGGAGUUACCCCGCGAGUUGGGGAAGGAGAGUGUUCUAAACGAUACGAAGAAGAGCACAGCAAGUGAUAUGGUACAAAACCCGGCCAAGACGUCGGUAGAGCACACUGCGCAUACCACCGUGUCUGAAUCGGAGUGUAAGGGUGACCAGUUGGGAGUUGUUCAAAGUAGUGAUGGGGGUGCAGAUACGUCGGAUGCGGAUCGAACAAGAGAUUUUGGGGAGAAGAACACGCAGGAGAUAGGACAGGCCGCGUUAAUGCCGGAGACCAAGCCAGGGGUGUACUGUAAAACCUGUGGGGCAGAGCGAACCCGCUGGCAAAACCACUGUCACACGUGUGGGUGUUGUAGCGCACUGAUGGACCACCACUGCCCGUUUCUCAACGGCUGUGUGUGGGAGCGUAACUACGUACACUUUUUUCUGUUCUUGGGACAUUCUGUGAACGCUGUAUUAUACAGUUGGUAUGUAACAUACCCGAUAUUCUACACCUGUUUCCUGGUGGGAACAUCGGAGAAGAGUGUCCCGUGUCAAGGUAUAGGACCAGCAUUGUCCUUUAUCGCUGUCCCGCUGACUAUGCUGGGAGGACUGGUACUAGCACUCUUCUUCUUUGAGGUGUUCCUACUCUACAUUCGAAUGUCAACUUACGAAUUCCUAAAGAAACUGAAUACAGACGGUCCUUGCUUCGCGAUCAGCGCCAUGCGCACAGGUCGCGCGUCGGAUUACUCAGGGCAGAGUCUAAACCGAUUCCAAAUUCUAGUUCGCAAUCCGGUCUCAUCAGCUGGAAUUUGGACAUGUCUUCUACCAAUACACUCAAUACGACUGCUAUGGACGAUGUUAAGCGACAGUGUCCACGGCCGAUUAAUUCACUCCAAACUCGAAAAGGGUUCAUAACCUAUCAUAGAAACUAAAACAAUAUUGAAAGCAAUACAGUCACAGUAAACGCCUCCGUGCCUCUAGCUUAGUGUUAUCUUGUAUCGAAGCAAUUAUAUCAAUAGUUUCCACGAAUAGUUUUGAGCUCUAUCUUGUAUCCAAGCAAUUAUAUCAAUGGUGUCCACGAACAGUUUAGAGCUCUAUCUUGUAUCGAAGCAAUUAUAU